GCCAUCUUGUUCCCAGGGGCAGUUGGCGGAAGAGAUCGCGCUCCCAGGCCGCCGGCUCGCUUUCUGCUUGGAGUUCUCGCGGCCCGCGAUUCGGCCUCUGCUCUCGAUCCGGGGUCCAUUCGUCGGUGUCCUGGUUGCCUUCCCUCACCCGGCUGGGGCACAGCGAGGAGGCCCCAUCUUCCGACGGCGUUCCAUGGAGUAGGGUCCCGGACCGUUGUCCCGAAGAGCGAGAUUGAGCUUGGCCCCCUCCCCCUCCCUUCUCCCUCCCUCCUUCCUUCCGCCGCAACAUGGCUAACAACAGCCCCGCGCUGACAGGCAACUCGCAGCCGCAGCACCAGGCGGCCGCAGCCGCGGCCCAGCAGCAGCAGCAGUGCGGCGGCGGUGGCGCCACCAAGCCGGCAGUCUCGGGCAAGCAGGGCAAUGUGCUGCCGCUGUGGGGCAACGAAAAGACUAUGAAUCUCAACCCCAUGAUCUUGACCAAUAUCCUGUCGUCGCCUUACUUCAAAGUGCAGCUCUACGAGCUCAAGACCUACCACGAGGUGGUGGACGAGAUCUACUUUAAGGUCACACAUGUUGAACCAUGGGAGAAAGGAAGCAGGAAAACAGCUGGCCAAACAGGGAUGUGCGGAGGGGUUCGAGGCGUUGGGACAGGAGGAAUUGUUUCUACAGCUUUUUGCCUGUUAUACAAAUUAUUUACUCUGAAGUUAACUCGCAAGCAAGUGAUGGGUCUUAUAACACACACAGACUCUCCAUAUAUUAGAGCCCUUGGAUUUAUGUAUAUAAGGUACACACAGCCCCCUACAGAUCUAUGGGAUUGGUUUGAAUCCUUCCUUGAUGAUGAAGAGGACCUAGAUGUGAAGGCUGGUGGAGGCUGUGUAAUGACCAUUGGAGAAAUGCUACGGUCUUUUCUCACAAAACUGGAGUGGUUUUCUACCUUGUUUCCAAGAAUUCCGGUUCCAGUUCAGAAGAAUAUCGAUCAACAGAUUAAAACCCGACCAAGAAAAAUCAAGAAAGAUGGAAAGGAAAGUGCUGAGGAAAUAGACAGACAUGUUGAACGCAGGCGUUCAAGGUCUCCAAGGAGAUCACUGAGUCCACGGAGGUCCCCAAGAAGAUCCAGAAGUAGAAGCCAUCAUCGGGAGGGCCAUGGGUCUUCUAGUUUUGACCGAGAAUUAGAAAGAGAGAAAGAACGCCAGCGACUAGAGCGUGAAGCCAAAGAAAGGGAAAAAGAAAGGCGAAGAUCCCGAAGUAUUGAUCGGGGGCUAGAACGCAGGCAUAGCAAGAGUAGGGAAAGACAUAGAAGCCGUAGUCGAAGUCGUGAUAGGAAAGGGGAUAGAAGGGACAGGGAUCGGGAAAGAGAGAAAGAAAAUGAGAGAGGUAGAAGACGAGAUCGUGACUAUGAUAAGGAAAGAGGUAAUGACCGAGAAAAGGAGAGAUCAAGAGAACGGUCCAAGGAACGGAGAAGUAGGGGUGAGGUAGAAGAAAAGAAAUAUAAAGAAGACAAAGAUGAUAGGCGGCAUAGAGAUGACAAAAAAGAUUCCAAGAAAGAGAAAAAACAUAGUAGAAGUAGAAGCAGAGAAAGAAAACAUAGAAGUAGGAGUAGAAGUAGAAAUGCAGGGAAACGAAGUAGAAGCAGGAGCAAAGAGAAAUCAAGUAAACAUAAAAAUGAAAGUAAAGAAAAAUCAAAUAAACGGAGUAGAAGUGGCAGUCAAGGAAGAACUGACAGUGUUGAAAAAUCAAGAAAACGGGAACAUAGCCCCAGCAAAGAAAAGUCUAGGAAGCGUAGCAGAAGCAAAGAACGUUCCCACAAACGAGAUCACAGUGAUAGUAAGGACCAGUCUGACAAACAUGAUCCCCGAAGGAGCCAAAGUAUAGAAUCAGAGAGCCAAGAAAAACAACAUAAAAACAAAGAUGAGACUGUGUGAAAAUUUUUUGUAAAAGUGGAUCACAUUGAAUCCUAUAAAUGUUGGGUUAAAUCUGCUUUUUUUUUCCUCCCAAGUUGAGAUUGUGCAGUAGUUACACACUCUUCAAGCUCCCUGUAGGCUGCAUUUUCAUUUCCUCUUUUGUGUAGGGAAGUGCCUUUGUAAUCCCAUUUAUUGCAUUGAUGUUUUCACCCAACUGUUGAGUUUGAUACAUGAUGCACAGAUUGUUCCUGCAUUUUAUUGUUUAAUUGUUUUUGAGAUGUACAGUCUGUACAUAUGUCCUGAAAAUGUUUUAAUUCCGUUGGCAUGGUUGCCAUGUUGGUUAAAUUUGUAUAAGGCAAUAAAAUGCCACUAAUUCUA